AUGGCCAUCUUCAAGAAGCUUGCGGGCUAUCCCCGCUUGCUCUUGGCUGCCAAUCCGUCAAAAAGCGACAUUUGCAUGCUAGUAUGUGGUAUCGCGUGCUCAAUCGCAUCUGGAGUCCCAUUUCCUCUUAUUGGAAUUAUUUUCGGUCAACUUCUGAACGAUUUCAACUCCGUGACAUGCAAUGACGACAGAUCCUCGAGCUCCGACGCUGGCUAUCAGUCAAGCAUCGACCAUGAGAUCCUCCUUAUCUUCUAUCUUGCCAUUGCUCAAUUCGUUUUGAUCUACGCCCACUUAACAUGCUGGACCAUGUACGGCGCUCGACUCUCACAGAGACUGCGCGAGAAGUAUUUGUCAAACUUGCUCCGACAGGAACCAUCACACUUUGACGAGCUACCUCCUGGUGAGGUCGCCUCCCGACUUAGCAGCGAUAUCCAGACAAUUCGAUCCGGUACAUCUGAGAAAGCGGGUAUCGUUCUGUCCAGCUUUUCUUUCUUCGUCACUGCAUAUAUCGUGGCUUUCAUCAAGGAUUGGGAGCUUGCGACCAUUCUGAUUUCCCUGAUCCCGGCCUAUUUUAUCAUGUCAUUUGUCGGAAGCCACUAUAUUGAGAAAUAUUCUGGACUCAUGUCAGACUAUGCCGCUUCGGCUGCAUCGAUCGCUUCCGAGGGUCUUAACAACAUUGUCGUCGUGCAAGCCUUUGGGGCAAAUGCUCGCUUGGAGGAUAAGUUUUCUGGUGCCCUCAAGUUGUCGGAACAUGAAGGCUUGAAGAAGGCCACCGCGGUUGGCAUCCAAUCUGGUAUCCUAUACUUCAUCGCUUAUGGAGCAAACGGUCUGGCAUUCUGGCAGGGAAGUCAGAAGGUAGCCGAUGCCGUGCAAAAUGGUACAGCUGGUGUCACUGUUGGUGCUGUGUUCACUGUCAUCUUCGUUUUGAUUGAAGCCACUUUGACAUUGAGUCAAGUCGCACCGUUUAUCCAUUUAUUUAUGCAAGCUACUGCCUCCUACGAUAAAUUGCGCGAAGAUCUCGAUCGGGAGUCCCUGAUUGAUGGUACCACUACAUCUGGUCUUCGCCUCACAGAAGCAGAGGGUGGCUUUGAGUUCCAUAAUGUUUCGUUCGCUUAUGCCUCGAGACCGGAAAUUACCGUUCUGGAUAAGAUCAAUUUGAGCCUGCCCGCCAAGAAGCAUACUGCUCUUGUUGGUCUUUCUGGAAGUGGCAAGUCAACAGUUGCUAGUCUGGUCACGAGACUGUACGAUCCGACAGAUGGUCAGAUUACUUUUGAUGGGCGUGAGCUCCGUGAUAUCAACGUCCGUGACUUGAGAGGCUUCCUCAGUCUUGUGCAGCAAGAGCCUUCUUUGCUUGACCGUUCACUGCUGGAGAACAUUGCCCAUGGUUUGAUCAACUCGAGCAAGGCUAGUCACGCACAUCUGAAGGAGACCCUCCUGGGUACUGAACUCGAGGAAUUGGCGAGAGAACUGACAGAAGGCAAGGAUCUUAUGGCUGCGGCGGAAGCCCGUGGUCCGAUUAUGCUCGAAAUUGUCAAUCUGGUUCAACAUGCUGCCAGACUCGCAGAUGCCGACGGAUUCAUCGUUAAGCUGCAGCAUGGAUAUGGUACGAGCGUUGGCUCGAGUGGACGUUUGAUCAGCGGUGGCCAGAAGCAGCGUGUGUCGCUUGCUCGUGCUCUUGUGAAAGAUCCCGCGGUUCUCAUUCUGGAUGAGGCCACUGCUUCUCUGGAUUCUCGAAGUGAACAGCGUAUUCAAAAGGCUAUCAACAACAUCACAAGUGGACGUACUGUCGUCACCAUUGCUCAUCGUCUAUCGACCAUCACGAACGCGGAUAACAUCGUUGUCAUGCACAAGGGCAACAUCCUGGAGCAGGGAGAUCAUUCUACAUUGAUGGCCAAAGACGGCUCAUACGCCGACCUGGUCAAGUUGCAAACUCUUGGAUCUGCGCCUGGAAAGAAUGAUACCGCGUCCAGCAAAGACAGCAUCACCAAGUCUGACCAGGCCUCUCUGACUGAUACCGACAUGGAGAAGGCCAGCUUUUCUAACGACAACAACCUUGGAAAGGCCGAAGAAACCCAAAUCUCCACAACCGAACACCCUGCUUCCGAGGAAACCCCCGAAGAGGAAGAUGAACCCGAAACCCCCAAGAAGUCUCUGUGGGCACUUGCAAAGGGAUAUGCACCAGCUCUGCGCCCACACCUGGUCAUGGUUUUCCUCGCGCUACUCGGUGCAGCUAUCGUCGGAGGUGCAUUCUCUGGAGAAGCCGUGAUUUUCGGAAACACUGUUGGAAGUUUGAAUCCCUGCAAGGGCGCCGCUAGCAUUCGCAGCCGUGGUGACUUUUUUGGUUUGAUGUUCUUUGUUCUCGCAAUCAUCGAAUUCUUUGCCAAUAUCGCCAGCUGGGCUGGAUUUGGCUGGGUCUCUGAGAAGGUCGUGUACUCGGCUCGAGUUCUGUCCUUCCGUGCGCUGUUUGAGCAGGAUCUUCAGUGGCAUCAGUCGAAGAACCGGACUCCGGCUCUACUUCUUUCUUACAUCACCCGUGAUGGUAAUGCUCUUGCUGGGCUGAGUGGAUCUAUCAUUGGCUCGCUGUUCUCUAUUAGCGUCAACCUCAUCGCCGCGAUUAUCUUGACACAUAUUAUUGCUUGGAAGAUUGCCUUGGUUUGCUUGUCUCUAGUCCCGCUGCUCCUUGGAGCUGGUUUGAUGGAGCUCAUGGUUCUCGGAAAGUUUGAGGAAAAGCACGAAACAGCAUACACCAAGUCCGUGGACAUUGGCACUGAAGCGAUCAAGUCUAUCAAAACGAUUGCAUCGCUGUCGUUGGAAGAGGAGACCCUCAUCACCUACCGGCGAUCCUUGAAGGGCCCUCGCCAGGAGACGCUGAAAGUCACUGUGCAAGCAAGUCUCUGGCAGGCUAUCACCUAUUUCCUGGGUAACUGUGUGAACGCACUGGCGUACUGGUGGGGAGCCAAGCAGAUCAUAAACGGCAGCUAUACUCAGACUCAAUUCCUGAUUGUGGUGUUCUCCCUUCUUGUCAGUGCGCUUCUGUGGAGUCAAAUGUUUGCCCUGGCGCCUGAGCUCUCCAGUGCCAGAAACGCAAUGGCCAGAAUCUUGGGUUUGAUCGAAAUUGGAUCCGAUGGAAUGCACGGCCAUGUCACUAGUCGCUCAUUCAAGGGGUCCUCGGCAGAGAAAGAUGUCGAGGCCACCAGCGAGCCCAAGCCCGCUUUGUCCGGCAACACUGCGUCUAGCGUCCAGUUCCGUGAUGUCCAAUUCUCAUACCCUGCUCGCCCUGAUAUUAAGGUGUUGACCGGAUUGACCCUUGAUAUCAAGCCAGGAAAGUUCUGCGCCCUUGUUGGCCCCAGUGGCGCUGGUAAAUCGACAAUCAUCUCCCUCGUCGAGCGCCUAUACAAACCAGAGAGCGGCUCGAUCAUCAUCGAUGGUGUCGAUGUCACGAAGCACCGCGACGUGGCCUUCCGUGACUCGAUCGCCUUGGUGCCCCAAGAGAGUGUUCUCUUUGAGGGAAGCGUGAGGUUCAACAUCGGCCUCGGGGCUAAGCCAGGCCACGAAGCGAGCCAGGAGGAGAUCGAAGAGGCCUGCAAGCUUGCCAACAUCCACGAUGUCAUUGCCGGAUUGCCUGAUGGCUACGACACUAUGUGCGGUCCUAAUGGAAGCCAGUUCUCUGGAGGUCAGAAGCAACGUUUGUCGAUUGCUCGGGCACUUGUUCGGCAGCCCAAGCUCUUGAUUCUCGACGAGUCAACUAGUGCUCUGGACGCCGAGUCAGAGAAGUUGUUGCAGGAUGGUCUUGAGAAGGCUGCUCGUGGCAUUACGGUCGUCGCUAUUGCUCAUCGCUUGCAUACCAUCAGAAAGGCGGACACCAUCUUCUUGAUCGAAGCUGGCAAGUGUGUCGAUUCAGGUUCCCACGAAGAGUUGUUAGACAGGUCCGAUAGCUAUCGCGCAAAUGUCAUGCACCAGACGGUGGCGACCUGA